AUGACCAAGGCGAAGAAAGCGGUUUUUAAGCGGUCGAAGGAGUCGAACGCGGCUCAACUGCUAGGUGUCACUAUUACGGCUAUUAACGCUGCGAAAGACCUUGUUUCUAUCAACUUGGCAAAGGGUAUUCUCGGAAUGCUCGCAAACAUUCUGAUUAUUGCGCAGUCGAGAGCAAGUCCGAUUAACAUGUGCGAUAUUAUCAAUAGGGUCCUUCAGACGGCUACCGAGAUUGCUACCAAAGACGAUCUGCAAGGAUCUCUCGGAGAAGCUUUAUCGGAGCUUAGGGAGUGGGCCAAACCAGUUUAA